AUGUCGGUUCGUGAAAAGCAAGGUGGCAAAGGACAUGCCAAAGCUAAGUCUUGCUCAUCUAGAGCAGGCCUGCAGUUCCCUGUGGGUCGUAUCCAUCGUCUUCUCCACAAAGGUGGUUAUGCCGAGCGCAUCGGGAUUGGUGAGCUGGUGUACCUUGCGGCAGUGUUGGAGUAUUUGGCAACUGAGAUCUUAGAGUUCGCGAGCAAUGCGUUCUGCGACAACAAGAAGACGCGCAUUGUCCCGCACCACCUGCAGCUGGCCAUCCGCAAUGAUGAGGAGCUCAACAAGCUGCUGGGCGGUGUGACUAUCGCUCAGGGCGGCAUCGUGCCCAACAUCCAGGCGAUGCUGCUGCCCAAGAAGACCGAGAGUCACCACCCCAAGGUCCAGAGCAAGUAA